AGGAAGGGGGUCGGCCGUCAGCUGCGCCCGGCGGGUCAGCCGGCCGUCCAACUGCUGCGAGACUGGGCAAACCAAGUCUGGUGGCCUCUUCAAGCCGACGCUCAGUCCCCGCUGCCUCAAGAGCUGGUGGUUCCUUGUGGAAAUCGUGGCUCUGAAACGGGCCAUGCGCCAGCCCGAGCCGCCUCGACUCAGCUCAGCUCUUCCACCGGCAAAACGCUGUUAUGGCAACUGAGAAAGGCGUGCGUGCGCCUUAAUCACCAAACUCAUGAGGACAAAGUAGCGGUUUUCCAAGCGCUCGCGCCGGGAGGUCCCUAUACUUCUUCACACCGCGGAGCGAUCACCUCUAACGCGUGAUUACAAGUCAAACCACGCGCCGGACAGGAAGUCACGCCUCACACUGGACAGCGUGGCCCGCAUCACGCCAAACUAAGUUCGGCGUGGGAUAUACGAACGUGAGGGGGCACGGACGCACGUGGCCAUGGAAGAGCGGAGUCGAGCCGAGCAGCGCUGGAGUGAGUACCUGAGGGUCCUCUACCAGGAGAAACAGGCUCUGACCGACAGCAAGCACGCACUUGCCUUCAGGCUGGUGGAACAAGGUAUUCCCCACGGAGAUGUGGCCAGCACACGUGCAGGUGAUGAGCAGACGACGACAAAGAAAAUGGGAGUACGGUGGAGAGAUCCGCCGAGGCGGACCAGGAAACAUAGCGGUGGAUGUCACAAUCAGAAGACGGAUGGAAUGGAGACUAACAGGCGAUCUGUUCAAGCAUGUUUUCAGAGUACCCGAUCACCAGCAAAAUACAACGGGUUCAGGCGGAUAUCAGAACGGCGGGACGGCCUGAGGUCAGAUACAGUGACGUCACGAAGGAGAAGCCCAUUCGGCUUAUGGCCAGGGUGCUUGUCCCCGUCAAAGAUCAUCCCAAGUUUAAUUUCGUGGGGAAGCUGCUGGGUCCGAAGGGAAACUCCCUGAAGCGUCUGCAGGAGGAGACGCUGACCCGCAUGGCCAUCCUGGGCCGCGGCUCCAUGAGGGACAAGGUCAAGGUGAGAUGGAUGGUGCUCCUGUUUACGCUUUAGUUGGAAGUGUGCAAUUACGUGAGACCUGCAGUUUUGUGGCUGCCAUUGAUUUUGAAAGGUGAACACUGACGGAUCGGCAUUGCAUUCGCUUUGAUCACAAAAAGCUUCACAAGUACAGAUCAGGUUUUUUCCGAAAAGGUGUAACUACACCAACAAUGCUAGGAAGAAAGUCAGGACCAGAUAAACCACAUCUCCACGCUUUUGAUAACAUUUUACAUUAACCCAGUGACAAUGCAUGAUAUUAAUAGAUUUGGUAUUAGACUUGCCCCCCCCCGCCACUUUUUAAAAGUUUCUGAAGCAUCCAGGUAGAGCCACAACACAAAAAUCAACAUGUAACUCUGCAUUGAAUGCAUUUAAUGAUGCCCUG